AUGUCUCGGUCUCUGAGACGAAUUCUAUUCAAGCGAGCAGAACCUCAGAUAGUGAUCUCAGAGGAGGAUGAACCGUUCACCAUAAGAAUCGAGAUCCGAGCAAAAGAUGGUUCGACUCGUCAAAUACCUGCUAUUCUCGACACCGGUUGUCCAGUGGAUCUAGUAAGUCUCUCGUUUGCCCGGAAGCAUCUGCGUGAAAGAGGUGAGGGUGAAAAAGAUGAGAGUAAAGGCGAUAAGGGUAAAGAAGUUGAAGGCGAAAGAGAUGAGGAUAAGAAGCGCAAGGAGAUAUAUGGAGUCAGGGCUCCCGGGGCUAAACUCGCAAUCUUUGGCGAGUGGCUCGUCCCAAUCACAGCCACAUGCAGUCAAGGGAUCGAAAGAGACUCUCGGAUGCCCCCAUUUGUCCUCGGCAUGGCAACGCUCGAAGCUCAGAAGUUCUACAUAGCCCCUCGGCUCCAGAGCUGGUGGCAGUUAGGCAGACCCCUCAUUUCAAUCGGGGAACGAACCAAUGCAGUCUCGAGUUAUAGUUUUGAACCAGAGAAUUCCUUCUUUGAUGGUAGGGAAAAGAUGCCCUUACGGGUUAUUCUUGAUACCGGGACCGUAAUGGACGGAGUAUCUCUUAGCUUUGCAAGGAGGCACUUGGAGCAGGUCAAAUCUGCGCCAGAGUGGACCUGGAUCGAUGUCGAAGGCAAAGAACACCCCUGCGAUGGCCUUUGGGAGCUGCCUCUUUGCAUCGGAACCAAGGACCAUAAGCAGAGAUCGUUUACUGUUCUGUGCUGGGGUAUGGACCUUGGUGAACCGUCCUCCGGGGGUCAUCAUAGCGUGCGGCUUUCCAAAGCAACGCUCGUGGAACAGGACAUUCUCCUCGACUGUGGGACCUUGAGCUUCGUUUUUGAAGAGAGAAUUACGAAGACUAUGAAAACUCCGAAGAAUUGGAGCCAAAGACUUAUAGGCAAGGCGAAAUCUCUGAACGAGAAGUUGAGAGAGCCCAAGAUUGACGAAGAAUGA